AUGAGUAAGGAUGGCUGCCGCAUCUGCCACAUUGUGAGUCAAUCUUCUGGCCAUGGCCAAUAUUUCCGAAUGCCAUCUGCCAUCACCAUGCGCACACCGGAAAGUUUCAAGCACUUUGAUGAGGUGACCUCAUCCAGCAAAAAAGGGUUAACUGACCAAUCUCCCUUCUCCUUACUGGAUUCCUUCUCUGGUCCGUUCUUCUUUGCAUUGGAUGAAAUGCAUGGCAUUUGCCACGGCAUUGGCAAACAGGUCUGGGGGCUCGUGUGUGGCAAGUAUGGAAAAGAUCAUCCUCUCUCUCUCUCCCUUGCUGCUCAGAAAGAAAUUGGUACUGCCAUGGUGUCAACCAGAAGAAGUAUUCCGACAUCUUUCCACAGUGCAUGGAUCAACAUUGCAACAAGAUCAGGGUACUUCUGGGCUGUGGACUGGGCUGACUUCAUCUUGUUUGUUAUUCCCACGCUUGUGGCAGAGCGUGUCCGUGACCAAGCUGCCCAUAAGGCAUUGCUUGAUCUGGUGCAGACAUGCAACCUACUCAUGAACUGGGAGUUAUCAGCAGAGGAGAAAACCUUAAUCAAAAUAAAUCUCGUCGCAUGGAAUGCGUAUCUGGAAGCCUCACUAGCUAAAGGAGAGGUCCAGCUCAAGGUCUUUACGAUCAACCAGUACCUCCUGCAGCACUAUCCCGCAAUGAUAGAAGCAUAUGGUCCCCCAGAGCGUAUAAGUAAUUUGGCAAUUGGAAGCAAUGCUGGCAACAUCAUGCUUGACUUGACACAGAUUCGACAGAUGAGAGUUGAAAAUUCAAUAACGGCAACAGCAACAGUAACAGCAACAACUCUCCUUCAGUAUGACAAUCCCUCUGCUGGUAGUAAUGUUGGUACUGAUUCUGACAUUGAGUUCUGGGGGCCUUUGAGGAACAGAACAAUUGUUGAUAGUUUUGGAGGCAUUUCUUGUCUUCCAGAGCUUCUUCAAAAGUUCUACGAAUCAAAGGGGGAAGAGUGUAGUAUGAUUGAAGCAGCCAUUAAAACAAGCCGUAAGGCAUUUGUAAAUGGUUGUGUUAUUGACUCUGCACUCGACCAUAAUUGUGUAAGAGAGGCACAUAACGUCAGACUUCAGGUUCAGGUUGAUGAAAACCGCAACAUUGGUAUACCAGCAAUCAACAAUGGGCAAAUGAAGCCAAUGGUAGUUCACCUGGCAGAUGUCAAAGAAUUAGUUGGUUUGGUGAAGUCGGACGCGACUAUAAACACAAUAACAACAACAGCAACAACAUAUGUAGUGUGGCCAGAGCUUAACCGCAGCCCAAAACUGUCACUUGGCCAAAAACAAAGUCACAAAUACAAAAAACCGCCCCUAUUUGUUGUAGUGAUAGAAGCAGAAUUUUGCUUAAAGACCAUAAGCUCAAAGAAACAGAUGACUAACUAUUUACUCCUCACUUGCAGAGAUUUGGCUGCCUUUUAUUGCAAAUGCCUUAAUAGAGUCAAAGCUUUUCUCGAAAUUCAAAUCUUUAUGCUCUUUGGGUUUAUUGACAUUUCUGGCACCAGGUCUCUUGGAUUAGCUAGACAUAGUAGUUUGCAGCAAACUGAUCACGUAAUUUACAGUGGUAUGGAUAUACUGGUGUGCUACUGCCUGUGA